CCCGGGGGGGCGGCGGGCAGGAUUAGAUUUCAGGCCGGCGGGGCGUGCCCGAGCGCGCUUCCCCGCGGCGCGGCGCCGUUACUCGGGGGCGGGGAGGGCGAAGGCGGAGAGCGGGGCCCGCGGAGCCGCCGGAAAAACCAGGACAAUAUUUGUAUGUGCUGUCUUUUUCUGUGUUGGAAUAGGAACUAAGAAGCAGAAGCAGUGAGCAUGUUGGAAACAAUUGAUACACAUCGGGCCCUCCAGGCUGUGGAGCGCUUACAGGCAAAGCUUCGGGAUCGAGGUGACAUCGCAAAUGAGGAAAAACUGAACUUAUUAAAAUCAGUGCUGCAGAGUCCGCUUUUUAAUCAAAUUCUCAACCUUCAAACUUCCGUUCAACAGCUGAGAGAUCAGGUAAAUAUUACUCCUUCUGUACAUUCCACUGGUGAAUUCCCCCAGCUUCUCCAUCAUGGUGUGAAUGUAGGGUCCUUACCGCAUAAUGAGUCAUAUUUGUUGGCUCAGCAGAAUGGCAGCCCAGCUAAUGUGCUGGAGGCAUCAAUGAGAUCCAUUACUCCACAGAUUAAUGCGAAAUCCUCUAGUGAUGACUUUGAGCAACUGAUCAGAAGUAUGUCCCAGGGUCGUCCUGUUGAGACAGUUGAGCUUAUUAAGCCUUUGAGUGGUGGCCUGGGCUUCAGUGUUGUGGGGCUGAAGAGUGAAAACAGAGGAGAACUAGGAAUAUUUGUGCAAGAAAUCCAGGAGGGAAGUGUGGCACAUAGAGAUGGAAAGCUGAAGGAAGCAGAUCAAAUCCUUGCUAUUAAUGGACAAGCCCUUGAUCAGACAAUUACACAUCAACAGGCUAUCAGCAUCCUACAGAAAGCAAAAGAUAAUGUCCAGCUAGUUGUGGCCAGAGGCAAUUUUCCUCAGCUCAUCAGUCCUGUAGUUUCUCGGUCUCCAUCUGCUGCUAGCACAGUUUCAGCCCAUUCCAACCCGGUUCACUGGCAGCAUGUGGAGACCAUAGAGCUGGUGAAUGAUGGCUCAGGUUUGGGAUUUGGGAUAGUUGGUGGAAAAUCAACAGGAGUGAUUGUUAAAACCAUCCUCCCAGGAGGGGUAGCUGAUCAGCAUGGGAGAUUGUGUAGUGGAGAUCACAUUUUGAAGAUCGGUGAUACUGACUUGACUGGAAUGAGCAGUGAACAGGUGGCACAAGUUCUGAGGCAGUGUGGAAAUCGAGUGAAACUGGUAAUUGCAAGAGGUCCUGUUGAGGAACCACCUCCACCAGCAGUCCCACCAGGUACUCCAGUACCCAUCACGACACCACAGAAACAAACAGACGCUUCUGUUGAUAAUUGUGAUGAAGGAGAGAAGUUUAAUGUGGAACUCACUAAAAAUAUCCAAGGAUUAGGAAUAACAAUUGCUGGUUACAUUGGAGACAAAACAUCAGAACCUUCUGGUAUCUUUGUGAAAAGCAUAACAAAAGGCAGCGCUGUUGAACAAGAUGGCAGAAUCCAUGUGGGAGAUCAAAUUAUAGUUGUGGAUGGAACAAAUCUUCAGGGUUUUACUAACCAACAAGCAGUGGAUGUUCUGCGACACACCGGACAAACAGUUCAGCUCACUUUGAUCAGAAGAGGGCUUAAGCAGGAAAAUUGUAUUCAACCCCAGGAGGACUUCAGUUCUGCUGUUGAAAGGGACUUAAUGUUACAAGCAGUGGACAGUAGCACAGCCAAAGAUAAUAGUGAAACAGAACAGGGAUCUCCAUCGCAGCCAUGCAGUGGGAGUGCAGUAAACAUCAGAGAGGACAUAAAACAGCAGGAAACAGAUUUCCAGCUAAGUGCAACAGAAGAAGCAGCUAUGAAGGCAAAAUGGCAGAGGAUAAUGGGCUCAAAUUAUGAAAUAGUGGUUGCUGUGGUUAGCAAAUUCAGUGAAAGCAGUGGGCUAGGAAUAAGCCUUGAAGCUACAGUGGGACAUCAUUUCAUUAGAUCAAUCUUACCAGAGGGGCCAGUUGGACGAAGUGGCAAGCUGUUCAGUGGUGAUGAGCUUCUGGAAGUGAAUGAGAUCUCUUUGCUUGGAGAAAACCACAAAGAUGUGGUCAAUAUCUUGAAAGAACUGCCAAUUAAGGUGACAAUGGUGUGCUGCCGUCCAGUGGCUCCGUCUGUCAGUCACACAGAAGUACUGGAGAGUCUAAGUCUAUCUGAGGUUCAGCUUGCAGAAAAGGCUUAUAUAAAUCUUGAAUUCAUUGGCUCUUCGAACACAGAGGAAACAGCUUUGGAAAUGUCUACAGCUCAGAGUAUAGAAGAAAUACAGAACGCUUCUUUCACAAUGUGGGAGGCAGAAGUACAGCAUGCUGAGCUGGAGAAAGGAAGUAUGGGACUUGGAUUUAGUAUACUGGACUACCAGGAUCCUGUUGACCCUUCAAAGACUAUAAUUCUAAUUCGCUCAUUAGUUCCUGGUGGUGUGGCUGAGCAAGAUGGCAGACUUUCUCCUGGAGAUCGGCUUAUGUUUGUCAAUGAUAUCAGCUUGGAAAAUGGCAGCCUAGAAGAAGCAGUACAAGCACUGAAAGGAGCUCCAGAAGGAACAGUUAAAAUAGGAGUUGCCAAACCUCUGCCUCUUUCACCAGAAGAAGGCUGUGUCUCUGCUAAGGAAGAUUGCUUUUUCUACACUGCCCAGUCACUUGAGGAGGAGGGGCCAGCUGAUGUAGCCCUCUUCCAUGCUGAGCUGGCUCUGGUGGACUCCAGCGGAGCUGGUCUAGCUGUUGAACCCACCUUUGAAUCUCAGUUUGCUACAGAGAGUUUAAUAUUUCCAACUUCAUCACCAGUUAUAUCUGACAGCUUCUCUAGUGAGGAUUUCAAUUUCGGCUUCCCUUUUUCAACAUCAACUCCCAAGAUUGCUGGAAAGGAAUAUUUGAGAUUUGCAGAUGAUACCGAGAGUCCGUACAGUAUGGAUCUGAGUGAGAAAGAGAGAGAACAAGAUAUUGCAGAGGACAGAAGCCAGGAAACUACAGAUUUUUUUGCUGAUGAGACUUUUCAGACUGUUUGUUCAUAUGAUAUCAAACAUGAUAAAGGAAUGUUAGCAGAAUCUAGCCUCUUAUUGCCUAUGGAAAAAAAUUUCAGAAUCUCAAAUACAGUGAAAAACAUCUUUGAGGAGACCAUCACUAUUGCAAAAGGCAAUUCAAGUCUAGGAAUGACAGUAAGUUCUGAUAAAGAUGGCACAGGAAUGAUAGUUCGUAGUAUCAUCCAUGGAGGAUCAAUAAGUCGUGAUGGACGUAUUAAUGUGGGAGACUGCAUCCUGUCCAUUAAUGAAGAAUCAAGCACUAACUUAACCAAUGCACAAGCCCGGGCUAUGCUAAGAAGACAUUCACUCGCUGGACCAGAAAUAAAUAUUACAUAUGUGGUAGCAGAAAAUUUACCAGAGUACAGAGCCAGUUUGGAGCAACAGUCAGAGGAAACUAUGACAGUAUUUUCUUCCUCAUCAUCCGUCUUCAUCAGGGAAAUCCCAGAGCUUCCAGAACGUGAAGAGGGGGAAGGAGAAGAAAGUGAACUUCAAAGUGCAGCUUUCAGUAACUGGAACCAGCCCAGAAAGGUUGAACUUUGGAGAGAGCCUGGCAAGUCAUUGGGGAUCAGCAUUGUUGGAGGACGAGGGAUGGGCAGCCGCCUGAGUAGUGGGGAAGUGAUGAGAGGAAUCUUUAUCAAACACAUCCUGGAAGACAGCCCAGCUGGCAAAAAUGGAACACUGAAAACUGGAGAUCGGAUUGUCGAGGUGGAUGGAAUUGACCUCAGAGAUGCCAGCCACGAACAAGCUGUUGAAGCCAUACGGAAGGCAGGCAAUCCUGUGGUCUUUAUGGUACAGAGCAUUAUAAGCAGACCAAGGCCAGAGUCUCUUUAUAGCCUUCCAUCAGCUUCUGCUCUCUGUGAGCAGAAAACUACUAACCCAUUUUAUCGUCAGUCAUCUAAGAACUCUUCCCUGCCUUUCCCGCAGAACUAUCUUUUCUGUAGGCCAACUAUCUUCAGCAGCACUAACCCAUUUGCUGAUUCUUCUCAGUUCAUCGCUAACAAGGAGGUAUCGAAUCCAAUUAGGGUUACCUUCCGUUGUUCCCCAACUAACCCUUUUGCUCCCACACCAUUCAAGGCUUUCUUUCAGUCCGAUUCAGAGCCAGAAAAGACUUCAUCUUGUAACUUGCCUCUGCCUCCUCCUUCCGCGUGUUCAGGAAUGAGCUGUGAUGUUGCACAGUCAUCGUCCAGCCAAGUUGCAGAGGACAUAGAGAAGGAGGAUGAGUUCGGUUACAGCUGGAAAAAGAUUACACAGCGCUAUGGAAGUCUACCAGGGGAACUACACAUGAUUGAGCUAGAAAAAGGAAGGACUGGUCUGGGACUUAGUCUUGCUGGUAACAAAGACCGAUCCAGGAUGAGUGUCUUUAUAGUGGGAAUUGAUCCAAAUGGUGCAGCUGGCAAAGACGGCAGGCUACAGAUUGCAGAUGAGUUACUAGAGAUAAAUGGGCAAAUACUCUUUGGAAGGACUCACCAGAAUGCUUCAUCCAUAAUCAAAUGUGCUCCAUCUAAAGUAAAAAUAAUCUUUAUCAGAAAUGAAGAUGCAGUAAAUCAGAUGGCUGUUUGCCCUGCAAAGUCAGUAGAGGCUUUACCUUGUGCUUCAGAGAAACUUCAAAUUCAAGAGAUUGACACUACUUCAGACUCUGGUAUUUCUACUGACUUCAGUUCAUUUAAAAAUAUUCAGUAUGUGGAACUUCCUAAGGAUGAAGGAGGUUUGGGAAUUGCCAUUAGUGAAGAAGACACAGUCAAUGGAAUAGUUAUUAAGAGCUUAACAGAUCAUGGUUCAGCAGCAAGGGAUGGAAGAAUCAAAAUUGGGAGUCAGAUCCUGGCAGUAGAUGAUGAAAUUGUUGUGGGCUAUCCAGUAGAAAAGUUUAUCAAUCUCCUGAAGUCAUCCAAAAAGUCAGUGAGGCUUACAAUCAACUCACCAGAGGCAGAUAGCCGGACCAUAACACCAGUCCUUUCCAGUGCUGCACCAGCAGAGAGAAGGAAUAUCCAGCCACCAACAGCUGUUUGUUCUUCCAACUCACCAGAACCAGAAGCAGUCAAAAAUACGAGCAGAUCUUCAACUCCAGCCACACUAGCUUCUGACCCAGCUACUUGUCCCAUUAUUCCUGGAUGUGAAACAACCAUUGAUAUCUCCAAAGGACGGACUGGUCUUGGUCUAAGCAUUGUUGGAGGAGCAGACACUUUGUUGGGAGCAAUCAUUAUCCAUGAAGUGUAUGAAGAAGGAGCAGCUUCAAAAGAUGGGAGACUCUGGGCUGGGGAUCAGAUAUUAGAGGUGAAUGGAAUUGACCUCAGGAGUGCGACACAUGAUGAAGCAAUUAAUGUUCUCCGGCAGACUCCCCAAAAAGUUCGCCUGACUGUGUACAGAGAUGAGGCGCAGUACAAGGAGGAAGACAUGUAUGAUGUACUCAUUAUAGAGCUCCAAAAGAAGCCUGGCAAAGGCCUUGGGCUGAGUAUAGUUGGGAAAAGAAAUGAUGCAGGGGUGUUUGUGUCAGACAUCGUCAAAGGUGGAAUAGCAGAUACAGAUGGGAGAUUGAUGCAAGGAGAUCAAAUACUAACAGUGAAUGGAGAAGACGUUCGAAAUGCUAACCAGGAGGCUGUUGCAGCUUUGCUAAAGUGUUCAUUAGGUACAGUAAGACUAGAGGUUGGAAGAAUAAAAGCUGGUCCAUUCCACUCUGAGAGGAGAACAUCCCAGAGCAGUCAGGUCAGUGAAGGAAGUGGCAGUCUCUCAUCCUUCAGCAUUCCAGCUUCUGCUUCCACCGCACCUGAGGUCCUUGAAAGUGGUCUGAAGAAGAAUACUGCAGCUUCUGAAAUACAGGGACUAAGAACAAUUGAAAUAAAAAAGGGCCCAGGAGAUUCGCUAGGAGUGAGCAUUGCUGGAGGUGUAGGAAGUCCUCUUGGAGAUAUUCCUAUAUUUAUUGCCAUGAUGCAUCCCAAUGGACUUGCAGCUCACACUCAGAAACUCAGGGUUGGGGACAGGAUUGUUAGCAUCUGUGGAACAUCUACUGAGGGCAUGACUCACUCCCAAGCUGUUAACAUCUUAAAAAAUGCUUCAGGCACUAUUGAGUUGCAGGUGGUAGCUGGAGGAGAUGUGAGUGUCAUAACUGGUCAGCAGCAGGAUCUACCUACAUCCAGUCUUUCAUUUGCAGGACUAACUUCAACAAGCAUUUUUCAGGAUGAUUUAGGACCUCCUCAGUACAAGACCAUUACUCUGGAAAGAGGACCAGAUGGCCUAGGCUUUAGUAUUGUGGGGGGAUAUGGCAGUCCCCAUGGAGAUUUACCCAUUUAUGUGAAGACAGUAUUUGCAAAGGGUGCAGCAGCAGAAGAUGGACGCCUGAAGAGGGGGGAUCAAAUUAUUGCUGUGAAUGGGCAGAGUUUAGAAGGGGUGACCCAUGAGGAAGCAGUUGCUAUUUUGAAAAGAACAAAAGGAACAGUCACUUUAACUGUUCUUUCAUGAACUGGCUCCCCAAAGGUGUAUUGUCAACACGACUGUUAUUUUCAUUCCACAUAGCAAGGAAAACGGAAAUGUUUGUAUAACCUGCUUGUUCUUCCAACUUGUCAGAACUGCGUUACAUCACUGAAGAAAAAUAACAAUUAAUGAUAUUUUUGUAUGCAAUAGAAAUAUUACUCAUAUUGUCAAACAGCUGUGAUGGAGUAAGUCAUCUGUGGCAAAGACAGGGAUAUUUUGCCUAGUAACACUAUAGUAAAAACUUGUAAGCAAAUUGGAAGGUGCUUUGAAUAUUUGAAAUACAGAACAAUAAUUACAAAAUCACUGAGUUGAAAGGGGGAUGAGUGAGCAGGAGUAAUCAGAAAACUGUAAGUUUGGAGAAAGAAAACAUUAACAAAAUACAGAAUUUGCAAAAAGGAUGAAAAGUGAGUUAUGUGAAGGUAGACAGUUGAUGAAUAUAGCCGGUUAUUUGUGUUACUAGUAUAGAAGGAGUUGCGAAUGGGGAUUGCUGUUCUACUGUUUUUUUCUUCUAUUUCCUAAUUUCCUAUUUCCUAAGCUUUUCUGUAUCCAUAAAGAACAUGAAAAAAAAACACAUUUUUUGUCUGA